AUGGCACAACAAGACCAAGUUCCAGUGUUGAAUUUUACUAGACCUAGUCUAGAAAAUACUUCUAAGGCUAUUGUCAAGCAUGAUAUCGAUGGAAACUUUGAGCUGAACAAAGGAACAGUGCGGCUGGUGCAGAAUACGUGCCAGUAUAUAGAUACAUCAAGAAAAUUCAUCGAGAAAUUCUUUUCAUCUAGGAAAACGAAGGAGCUGAGACGAAAAAUUGCUAAAUUCACUCAGAAAGACUCUGAAUCUCUACCACAAGCAUGGGAGAGUACUUUGAGGAAUAGUAGAGAACUUGAGAAGAUGCCACUGAAGAACAAAAGAGCAGAUGCUGAACUUGUUCCCGCCAAGAGAACUGAGACAAAGCAGAAAGUUGCAGAGCAGCCAGUAUACAUCAAUAUUUCUUUAGUGGAGCUUUUGCAAGAAGUUCUAGAAUAUGCUAAGUACAUCAAGAAUGUUGUUGCAAUUAAGAGGCACUUCAUGGAGUUUAAAGCGGUUGCACUUACUGAGGAGUGCAGUUCUAGAGUGAGAGACAUGAUUCCUCCAAAGCUGAAAGAUCCAGGCAGUUUCACCAUUUUAAUCAUUGGUAAUAUUGAGGUUGGGUUAGCAUUGUGUGAUUUGGGUGCUAGUAUUAAUCUGAUGCCCACCUCUGUGCUCAGAAUAUUAGGGUUGGGUGAGCCAAGGCCAACAACAGUCACUUUGCAGUUAGUGGAUAGAUCUCUAGCAUAUCCCGAUGGCAUAAUUAAAGAUGUUCUUGUGAAAGUGGGUCCAUUCAUUCUUCCAGUUGAUUACAUCAUUCUUGAUUAUGAAGCUGAUGAGAAUGUCCCUCUCAUCAUGGGAAGGGGAUUCUUAGCUACUGUUGAUGCGGUUAUCCGAGUAAGAGAUAUGAAGAUAUCCAUGACAGUAGAUGGGCAAGAGGCUACUUUUGAUGUAUUUAAAGAAACUAAGUUGCCACCCUAUUAUGAAGAAUUGAAUAUGGUCACCGUUGUAGAGCCUGAGCUAAUACAUGCAGAGCUAGAUCACUUUCUGGCUACUAGAGAUCCUUUGGAGAUAGCCUUGGUAUAUUAUGAGCAGUUGGUGGAAGAUGAGAAGGUUGAACGAGUGUUGCGAGUACUAAGAGAUAGAAUUCAAUCCCUCGGAUGGACUAUAGCUGACAUUCGAGGGAUCAACAGCCCAUUUUGCAUGCACAAGAUACUAUUAGAGGAAGAUAGCAGGCCCAGUGUUGAAAAUCGGAGAAGUAGGAACCCAGUCAUAAAAGAGGUGGUAAAGAAAAAAGUGAUUAAGUGGCUUGAUGCUUGCUUCUAUAGGCGAUUUAUCAAGGAAUUCUCAAAGAUCCCGAACUCGAUUUGCAAGCUGCUAGAAAAAGAUAUGAAAUUCUUAUUCAAUGAAGCCUGUCUGAAGGCUUUUGAUGAGCUCAAAUUGAGGUUAGUGACUGCACCUAUUAUCAUCGCGCCAGAUUGGACUCUGUCAUUUGUGUUGAUGUGUGAUGCAAGAGAUUUUGCUGUGGGGGUUGUUCUCAGUCAGAAAAGGGACAAGAUCUUUCAUCCUAUUUAUAAUGCCAGCAAGACACUUGAUGCAGCCCAGAUAAACUAUACAAUUACAGAGAAGGAAUUAUUGGUGGCGGCCUACGCCUUUGUCAAAUUCCAAUCUUACUUGGUGGGGACGAAGGAUGCAAAGCCCAGACUCAUUUGUUGGGUGUUGCUGUUACAAGAGUUCGAUAUUGAGAUUCUUGAUCGAAAAGGCACAGAGAACAAAAUAGCAAAUCACUUAUCCAGACUUGAGGAUCGAGAGCACGUUGAUCCCUAUGAUAGUGAUGAUAAGGAGAAGUUCGAGCGGGAGCGAUGGCGAGGACGAUGA